UUCCACGACAGAUCCAUGGCUUUAUCACAAGAAAGGUGGACCAGCAGAAACCCAGCAAAGCGGCAGGCUCCGUCCUUCCUGCUCCGACCUCCGGUGUCCGUGUCACUUCCGUGUUCCGCUCUCACCUGUUACACCUGCGUUACAGCGCAGCGCCGAGGGCGCGACUCCGCCGGCUCAGCCAGUGUGCACCUGUCGCGCUCGUGUGCCAUGUCGGAGGAGCUGCUGACGCGCCGCUCCCCGGGGGCGGCGGAGGACGCGUUGGACGCCGAGAACCGAGGCCGGGAGAUGGACUGUGAGCAGCCCAUUUUCUCCGCGUUGAGCGGCGGCGCGAAGGCGGUGGGGGGCACCGAGCCGCCGGCGAGCUCCCACGGCGGCGCCGGAAGUGGAGUGGCCUCGCCGGCCGCGACCGCCUCCGACAGCGAGUCCGGGAUCUUCUCCGGCGAGUGCGAGCUCUGCGUGGAGCACGAGUCCGAGCUCGACUGGUUCUGUGGCACCGAGCAGAAGCUCAUCUGCUCCCACUGCGCCAUCGUGGGCCCCUGCCACGGACACGCCGUGACCCCGCUGGCCACCAGAGUCGCCUCGAUCAGGAACCAACUGGUGGACGUGUGCGAGAAAAUGCAGCUGCAGGCGCUGAGGAUUGAAAGGUUCAUCGACCAGACGCUGACAGCCAAAGAGCAAAAUCUCCUGACGUCGGCGAGCCGGACGAGGGAGCAGGUGCUGGCCCAGGUCGGCGCAGCGCGGGAAGCCCUGGAGGAGGAGGAGCAGCGGCUCCUGGAGGAGGUGCAGCAAGAGGAGGAGCGGGUGGAGCAGUGUCUCCUCACCCAGAGGGCCCACUGGCGACAGGCGUUGGCGAAUCUGUCGCAAACGCGCUCGCGUCUGGUGCACACGCUCACGCACACUCCAGACGCACAGCUGGUGACCAGUGUCCAGGAACUAGCUGAACGGGUGGAGGAAGCCGAGGGGGUCGGGGAGCCCUGCGAUACAGACCAGCUCAACCUGAACCCUGGCUGCAGUGAGAGCAAGCUGCUGAGAGGCCUGUGGGCCUCAGCAGUGCUGCUCGGCCCAAAUGAUUAUGGAUCGUCUGAUUUAAAGUUUGAUGAGCGCACACUAAGCCCUCUCCUGUCCCUGUCCGAGGACUUCUGCACUUUGACCUUCCUGCGCAAAAAACCCCGCCAGUCCCCUCGCUACGACCCAGCGCGCUUUGACUGUUGGCCCAACGCGCUGGGGUCCCUGUCCGUGUCGUCCGGCACCCACAGCUGGAUGGUGGAUGUGGGUCAGAGCGGUGCCUUUAAGGUCGGGGUCUGCUACGCCUCUGUGGAACGCAAAGGCUCUGGGAAUGACGCCCGGCUGGGCUACAACACUAAUUCCUGGGUGCUGUCUCACUACGACGGGGAAUACUCCUUCUUCCAUGCGGGGAAGAAGGUGCCCCUGCAGGUGGGGCGGACACCCAAGAGGAUUGGCUUGCUGCUGGACUGGCCGAGUCAGACGUUGUUGUUUUACGAGCCGGAAUCCUGCGCCGUGCUGCACUGUGUCACGCAACACUUCAGUGCCCCGCUGCUGCUGGCAUGUGCCGUCACUGACCGCAGCAUCACCAUAUUGCCAUACCAAAUAAACUAAAUGAAAAGUGAAAAGAAAUGCAAGGGAGAGACUUUCUUUUGUGUAAGAUUGUCCAUCUUUGGAAUGAUGAAAAAACUCUAUUUUAUUCUAUUAACUGUGAUAGCUGCUGAUUCUUUUUUAACUGGUUUUAAUAAUGUAUAUGUUGAUCGUAUUAUACAGUAGUUGUGCUAUUAUGACUGACAGUGAUUUUUUUAAAAGUUUGUUUUGAAUAUGAUUGUUUUUUUUAAAUAAUCAGUUGGAUCCGUGUAAUGAAGCUUCCCUGACACUUGUUAUAGAAAAUAUUGAUUAUACUGGUUGAUCCAGGAAUGCUGUAUAUGUUAUGUGGCAUAUUCUCAGUAAAAAUGAUUAUUACUAACUUUCUA